CUAGGACGAGACCGCAGACAGUAAACUGACGUUCAGUGACUUCCAUUACGAUUUUACUAGGACUAUCUGAUUCUGGACAUCUAUGAUCCUACUCACAUCCUCACCCAACACUAACCGGCCAGUCACAGUAGCUGUCCAAGGCGUCUGCCUAAUCUGUUCAGCUUUAAUAUCUUGAAGCACACCCAACAGCCGCGAGACGGUAUACAAAAACUCUACCAGGCCUGGAUCAGCACAUCACUCAACAUGUCUACUGAUACGCAGGAGCCAACCUCAACCCCACCUGCAUCAGAGAUGAAGGAAGCCACAACCAACGCAGCGCCAGCCGAGCAGGCCUCGAAUCCAGAAACGCCUGCAAAGCCGAAGAACCUCACCCUAACCGCACACAUCGGCGACAUCUUUGCAGCGCCUCCAAAUGCUCUCCUCAUACACGCCUGCAACACUCAAGGCAGCUGGGGCGCUGGCAUUGCCGCCGCGUUCAAGGAGCGGUACCCCGAGGCCUACAAAGCCUAUCGCGCCCACUGCCUCUCCAGAAACGUUCGUACUGGCACAGCGCUCCUUAUACCACCCUGUGAAACAAACCCCAAGGCGCCCCAACACUGGAUUGGCUGCCUGUUCACCAGUGCCCGGUUUGGACGCGCGAAAGAUAGCCCGGCACAGAUCCUUGCGAACACAGGCCCGGCGUUACGAGCACUACUUGACGAGGUCAAAGGCGAGGAAAAGGAUGGGAAUCAGGUUGCGGAGGUGCGCAUGUGCAAAAUAAACUCGGCGCGGUUUGGGGUGCCGUGGCCAAGGACGGUGAGCGUGUUGGAGGGCAUUGGGAUUCAAGACGGGUGGAAGGGCGAUGUGGAGAUUUGGUCCAUCGACUGAAGGGCUUCGGGAAAAGUCACAUGGUGAUGCAGCUAUUAAACCCUACUGGAUAUCAUGAUCUUGCUGCAUACUUCAGUGCGACCAUUUUUCAAUAAUGGAGCCUUAAUUGGAGCAAAGCAUAAUGCACCUUC